AUGUGGCGCGCGGACAGAGAGUGAGACAGAUAUAGCGGCGGUCACGCAUGUGAGUUACAAAACUUUCAAAAAAGAACCAAAAUAAACCUGCUGAAGCGCGUGAACUAGAGAUCACGGAAAUGUCACUUUAGUUCUCGGUGUGUGUAUGAUGGGAUGGCAGACAAACGCAAUGAACUCACGGUUUUUGAAUCCAGCUCGUGUCGGUUUUGGGCCAAAACGUUAUCCACACCGGUUUGAUCCAGACACAAAACUAGUGUGAUUUAUCACUGGUGUGUCCUCUGACCCGAGGUCUCAGAUCUGAUGAUGAUCUCCCACCUCUCUCAACACACUGAUGCUGAAGCAGAACACUUCCUGAUCCCAGUAUGUUUUCAUUGGAUAAGAUGAAUGAGUUUCUGAUGGAGGGAGAUGUCUGACGGAGAGAGGAUUGUCAGGGGACUCUGCUGGAUUACAGGCCGGAGAGGAGGGACAGUGGCGAACAGCUUUUGUGGGCUUUGUAAAGCUUAAAUUGUCUCCUUCUCUGGGAAAGUGGAAACUCAACACCCCCCACAGGAGGUCUGGUUACCUGGUGAGAGUGGAAGAAAGAGAAAAACAGAGCGAGGGAGGGGCCGAGAGAGAAACGGGAGAAAGAGGAGAGAGGAUGAAUCGUUACCUUGAAGCUGGCAGGACAAACAAGUGAUUUACAAACCUUAUGAAUGAAGGGAAGACACUCGUACAACUGUUCAUACACACUUAGAGAAGUGCUCAAGAAAAGAGAUUUGAUUCUCUGUUACGUGGAUCAGUUCAGAGAGGAAAGAGUGGAGUUCAGGGGUUUUCAAACUGGGGUCCGGGGAGAAAAGAUAAAGCAAACUCCACCGUGUUUAUCUGUUUUUGGGUUCUCGUCUCUUCUUGUUUAUAUUUGUAUCUUUCUGAGUUCUUCUCACUAUAUAGUUUCUUUGUUUGGACUCGGAAGUGAAAUUGUUGCCGUCUAUUUUGGCUUAGAAACAAUGUGUUGUCUUCAUAAUAUCCUAUUUACAAAUUAUCACACACACAAAAAUACGAGAGAUUGAUAUAUAUUUUAGAUAAGGGGGUUCUUAUCAUAUUUGGGGGUCUUUGGCGUCAUAAAGUUUGAAAACCCCUGUAGAGUGGUGUAUUGAAGCGUUCAUCAGGUCCUCUGGCGCCCUCUGUUGACUGAGAGUGGAGCUGCGUUUGCUGUCUUGGACGUGAGGAGCGCGUUCACGUUUGAUUCUUUAAUGUUUCACUGGAGUUCAGGAAUAGAAACUGUGCCCGUGUUAUGUUCUGGAUGGUUAUGUGUGUUGUUACUGCUUAUAAUAAACAUUUGUUGUGAAUGUUGAGAGGGAUAAACGCCACAUGUAGCAGUGUAGUGACGUGUCUUGUGUUUCAUCAGGAGUGAGACUUGUGAGGACUCUUUUGAGCACAUCAGCAUAGCAACACCCUGACAACCAGCCAAACCCCUGCAGCAGUAAACACAAGUUGAUGAGGAUCGUCGUCAUGGACACACGACACUUGAUAGCCAUGCGUCAAAAUACUGAGUGUUGUUGAUUAUUUGUAUAAAGAUCUGUUGACAUCUGCUGUUCUCCAGAUAACGUAUUGUUGUUUUAUAUCAGCCACAAUAGAUGAGCUUACAUCAGUGACAUAAUAAAAGCCAACAGAGGACGACUGUUAAAGCAGAGGAGGAUUGGAUUCCUCCACCCAUCUGACCUUUGUCAAAGAAACGGAUCAAAGACUUUGACGCAUAAUGGACAUGACGGGGUGUGGCGUGCAGGAAACUGAAUCUGAAUCACAUCUGCGCGCCUUUCAUUAAUAUCCCCAAACAGCGUGCGUGACUGUUUUAUACACGUAAUCCGUGACGUUCAUUCAGUUGAGCCGGUUUGUCCGGUUGAGGGCGUGACCGCAGCCGCGCGUGCUGGUGACUGGGCUCGUGCUACCGCCUCAUGAAUAUUAAUGACGUAACGAGACGUUCUUCUUAAGCUCUAACUGAUUGGCCAAAGGCAGACUUUGACAAGCAGUUUCGCCUGCAGUCAAGUGACACGGACACGGAGGAGAAUCUGUGUGUUCAAUCUCUUCAUGGAAUAAAAGGUGCAGUGUGUAGCCAUGGCUGCAUGGGUGGAGGCGUCCACGAGGGAUCUGAGUCCGUCAGCGGCGCUCAUUAGCCAAAGCAAGACUUCACUUUCUGCCUCACUGCUGUCUGGAGACGCCUGUAAGCCAGCGCUGGCCCCCAAACCCAGCCUCAUGCCCAAACCCUUUGCCUUUCAAAGGAACGCGACUAUUCGUCCGAUCAAGGCCCCGAAAAUCAACUCUGCUAGACAGCUCCAGCGAGCCGCGUCUUCUGAUGCUCUCGACUCGUUGGUUUCCAGUAAGUCAGAGCUAGUAGAGACUCGUGUCCAAAAUACCUCAGAAUCUGUCAAACCAAAUGGCACAUUGAAAGUGUCUGUCAAAAGUGCAUCAACCAAACCCGCCCCACUCGGACCAAAACCAGCUUUAACACCAAAGACAGACCUCGAUCGGAAUCCUAACACAACACAGAUGGCUCCAAACACAAAGCCUGAAGACGACAAGAACUUUCAGUCCAGGGCAAGAGCCAAAUCUUUGGGUUCUCAAGAGCAGAAAGCUCUCAGACAGACGCCAAAGGGAGAAAGCAGAUCUGGUGACGCAGACUUCAGAGCAUCUUCACUGUGUUGGCCUGUUAGAAACCGUCUGUCUGUGGGGCUGACCUCAAGAUUUGAGUCACAGGAGAGAGAGGUUGGUUCUGUGAGGAGAGAUGAGCCACCGCUGUCUCCUUCAGAAUCAAAACCUCAGGAGGACGAGGAGACCAGUGGCACCAGCAUUAAGAGACGGAUAAGUCUGCUCUUCGACCGUUCCGCUGCCUCUCAACACAGAGACGUGUUCAACAAGAAAGACAGCGCACCUGCUGAAAUAUCUGUGGAUAUUAAACAGAGAAUCAAGAAUCUCAGCUUGAACACACAAGAGCCCAGAGUUCGGCUGCCCUCCACCGGAGAUCUCAAAUGUCUACCACAUGAGAAGACACAGAGCGAUUCGGCCCAGUUGUCACCUUUACAGCACGGGCCGGCCAAAACCACCGCGUCUGAGAACAACAUCUCGCGGAAGAACUCCACACUGAGCACUGCAGAUGAUGAUGAAGAAGAGGAGGAGGAGGAUGAUGAUGCAACUGAUGAGGACAAAGAGAACUGUGUGUCUGUGCCUGUGUACAGGAGGGUCGGGAUGGCCGGGAUGGCCAAAGAUCCAGAGAGAAAGACUCAAGAAGAAGAAAAAGAAAAACAGCAUAAGGAGGAACAGUUACAGAAAGAAUGGGAAAGAGAAAAACAUUUAGAGGAAGAGAGAAAGUUAAGAGAGGAAAUGGAAAGACGGCAAGAGGAAGAAUGCUUGAAAGAGGAAAGAAAACAGGAGGAGGAAAAGCAAAGACAAAGAGAAGAAAGGAGGAAGCAAGAGCUCGAAAGACAGAAAAGAAUUGAAGAAGAAAGAAAACUACAGGAGGAGAGAGAGAGAGAGGCUGAAAGAGAGACACGACGAGAACAAGAGAGACUAGAGCGAGACAAACAGAUUGAGGAGCAGAAGAGAAGGAUGGAAGAGAAAAGAGAAAAAGAGAGACAGAGAGAAGAGCAAAGACUGAGAGAGGAGCGAGAAAAAGAGAGACUCAGGAAAGAGAAAGAAAUGGAAGAAGAGAGACAUAGAAUUGAAGAGGAAAGACAAAGAGAGAAGCUAAGACUGAGGCAGGAGAGAGAAAAACAAGAGAUGAUAAAGAAAGAGAGAGAGAAUGAAGAGAAAAAACGGAUUGAAGAGAAGGAAAGAUUGAGACGAGAAAAAGAAAACCAGGAGAGAUUAAAAAAAGAAAGAGAAAUGGAAGAGAAAAGACUACUCGAGGAGCAAAGAUUAAGACAAGAGAGAGAAAAAGAGGAGAGAUUAAAAAAAGAAAGAGAAAUGGAAGAGAAAAGACUACUCGAGGAGCAAAGAUUAAGACAAGAGAGAGAAAAAGAGGAGAGAUUAAAAAAAGAAAGAGAAAUGGAAGAGAAAAGACUACUCGAGGAGCAAAGAUUAAGACAAGAGAGAGAAAAAGAGGAGAGAUUAAAAAAAGAAAGAGAAGUGGAGGAAAGAAAACAACUUGAGGAGCAAAGAUUGAGACUGGAGAGAGAAGAAGAGGAGAGAUUAAAGAAAGAGAGAGAGAUAGAGGAAAAAAAACGAAUUGAAGAGGAGGAACGAUUGAGACAGGAGAGAGAAAUGGAGAGAAUAAGGAAAAAAAGAGAGAUGGAGGAAAGAAGACAACUUGAGGAGCAAAGAUUGAGACAAGAAAGAGAAAAAGAGGAGAGAUUUAAAAAAGAAAGAGAGAUGGAAGAGAAAAGACUACUUGAGGUGCAAAGAUUGAGACUGGAGAGAUUAAAAGAGGAGAGAUUAAAGAAAGAGAGAGAGAUGGAGGAAAGAAAACAAAUGGAAGAGGAGGAAAAAUUGAGACUGGAGAGAGAAAUGGAGAGAAUAAGGAAAGAAAGGGAGAUGGAGGAAAGAAGACGACUUGAGGAGCAAAGAUUGAGACAAGAAAGAGAAAUCAAGGAGAGAUUAAAAAAAGAAAGAGAGAUGGAAGAGAAAAGACUACUUGAGGAGCAAAGAUUGAGACAGGAGAGUGAAAAAGAGAGACAGAGGAAAGAGAAAGAAAUGGAGGAGAAAAGACAAAUUGAGGAGGAGCAAAGAUUGAGACAACAAAGAGAAAUGGAGAGACUACGGAAAGAAAGAGAAAUGGAAGAGAAAAGAUUAAGAGAAGAAAGAGAGGAGAAACUAAAGCAAGAGAGAGAAAUGGAAGAAAGAAGGCGAGUUGAAGAUGAGAAAAGAUGGAGACAAGAAAGAGAAAAGGCGAGAUUGAGAAUGGAGAGAGAUGAUGUAGCUGUCCGUUGUGAUCUAAUAAGUUUUGAUGGUGAUGAGACACAGAUUGAAGUCUCUUCCCAGCUCCCUGGUGUUCUUUAUGAUGAUUUCUCUGUGAAACCACGGCGAUGGGGAACCGGGACCAGUCGCUCCUCAACACCGUCUCCAUCCCGAGAAGCUCCGAGUGAUGAUGCUGUUCAUGACUGGAUGGAAUCCAAUGAUCCUGAAUCCCCUGGACUACAGAUACCUCAGAACUCAACGGGUGAAGAUCAAGACCCCUGUUACCAAGACCAGACUGAAACUGACUCACAAACAAGCAGAUCUCCACCUGAUCACGUCACAUCACAGCAGGGUGAACUGAAGAACUGUGCUGAUGAUGAUGAAGAUGAUGAAGAUGAAUAUGUAGAUGAACGUGACACAGAGACGAGAAUCCCUCAUGAAUCCAACAACACUGAUGUUGAUGGUUUUGCAGAUAAUAAAAUCAAUCAGCUUUUACAAAGACUGACGUCACAGGAGAAGCAACGAAAACCAUCCAUUGAAUCAGACGCACCAGAGAUCACUGACCCUGAACCACUGCUGUUUCCUAAGUCGUCAGCUCCUCUUCUGGACUCGAGUGUCUUCCGGUCGAAAGCUGAUCUGGGGAAGAAACGCAGCAUUAAGCGCUCGAGACCGUCCCGUGCGGUCCGUCAGAGAGCCGCUCUGCCCGCUCUCAUAGAGGGAUCAAAUCUAGACUGGAGGUUCUGUGACUCUUCAGACGGCUCUAAAGCUCAGAACUCUGAAUCAGGGGAGGAGCCAUCCAAAUAUGCCACGCCCCCUCCAGCCCCCAGCCGACCAAAGAGAGUUUCCCUGUUUCCUGGAAUGGACCAAUCAGCUCUCAUGGCACAGCUGAAGAGGAGAAGUGGACUGAUGGAGACAGACGCUUCAGAAGGACAGACGACACCUGUGGUGUCUGCUCGUUCUCCUCGCACGCCCACCCUCGGCCCCCGAGUGCUGCCCCCGGUCAACAGCAGAGACACUGGCUCUGGCUCUUCACCUUCAUGGCUCCGUGAGCUCAAAUCUAAGAAGCGUUUGAGUCGUCCAGAGAGUGAUGCAUGAAGCUCAGAGGGCGACUCACACACACAUAAACACACACACACAUGAACACAUACACACCCGCACAAACACAGAAACACACACACACCUGCACAAACACUUAAACACACACACACCCACACAAACAUAUAAACAAACACACACAUGAACACACACACACCCGCACAAACACAUAAACACACACACACCUCCACAAACACUUAAACACACACACACCUCCACAAACACUUAAACACACACACACCUGCACAAACACUUAAACACACAUACACCCGCACAAACAUAUAAACACACACUCACAUGAACACACACCGACAUAAACACACACACACACACCCGCACAAACACACACACACAUAAGCACACACACGCCCACACAAACAUAAACACAAGCACAUAAACACACACACACACCCGCACAAACACAUAAACACACAAACAUAAACUCACACACAAGCACAAACACAUAUAAAGACACACACAUAAAUACAUACGCACACACACACCCGGACAAACACAUAAACACACACACUUGCACAAACACAUAAACACACACACACAUGAACACACAAACACAUGAACACACACCCGAACAAACACAUAAACACACACACUCGCAAAAACAUAUAAACACACACACACAUGAACACACACACCCGCACAAACACAUAAACACACACACACCCACACAAACAUACACACACAUAAAAACACACACACCCGCACAAACAUAUAAACACACACACACAUGAACACACACACCCGCACAAACACAUAAGCACACAAAUGUAAACACACACAGACACAAAAAGACACACAUAAAUACAUAUGCACAAACACACACAUAAACACACACAAACAACUUGAUGUUUGCAGCUCAAAAGCUCAGAGACACGAGUCACAUCUGUGGUGGAGGUCUUCACUUCUGUCAUCAUCAGCUCCUCUUGUCAUUCCAAACCUGUUUGAUGUUCUUUCUUAUACAGAACACAUUUUAAAUAUAGAUCUUUUAUACAAACACUUGAUUUUAUAUACUCAAACAUAUGAUUUUGUAAACUGACGGAUCUGUUUUUGCGUGUUGUCAAAGUAUUUGAAAAGUGUCUGCCCAAUAAAGAAAAGUAAACAGUUUAAGUUGAAAACACGAUGUCAACUAGAGUUCAGCCGGUGAAUCUCAUUGGCCUCCAUCAGGGGUUACAGACACACACUCUUAAACCUCUGUUUAAUGCUGCACUCCUCAGGUUAAACUGGUUUACAUUUAACUCAACAAGGGGGUUAAAAGUAAAACAAGCAGCAUAACCCAUCAUCAGUUACUUUAUAACCUAACCGUUGUGUUUGUCCCUGCUGGGUUGAGUCACAUAUUUCCAAAAGAACCCAUGAAAGUUUUCCCGUGUUUAACGCUGCUGUGAUGCUC